AGAAUUUAGAUUUCAGAGUAUCAGACGAAAAAAGAAUAUUAUUCUGUCGCACACCCACCUACGGACUCCUGUACGAUUUUUGCCUAUCGACGCCGCCGCCGCCGCCUCGCGACAGUUUUUCGCUUUACGUUUACGUCCGUCGCCAACCCGCGACCAGUUUGCCGCCGCCGACUGUCGCGCGCACAGUCUUAUCUUUUAUAUUUCUUUUUUUUUACUCUCGAACAAAUAAAAAAAAAAAACGGAAACUCAGUGAAAGGAAAUUUUUAAACGUACUACAGUCCCCCCUAAAGCUCAUAGCUGACUACCUAUCUAUUACGCUACAACUAUAAUACUAUUAUUGCUAAUACUACCCAACAACUGCUGACAUAAAAUAGUACUAAACGACUCGUGUUUUUGUUAUUUAACACCGCUCGUUACAAGUGUAAUACGCACUGGUUUUAGAUUGUUAUUAUGAUAUAACGACGACUUCGGAAGGAGAACAGAAUAUCCGCAGGGAAAACUCCGUUUGCAGCUCUCGUCUAGUGUAGUAUUGAUUAGUGAUUAAAUUAUCAAAAUGCCAACAUCUGGACCAGUAUACCAACCAACUACCGUCAGUUAUGAACAACAAAGUGAAUGGUCACAGCCAUCAAAUGGCUUAAUCAAUCGUACCCUGAAUCACAUCCGUAACCCAAGGUGGUUCCACUGGUCGUUCAUUCUGAUCAGUUGGAUACUGAUUGCCAUUGGGGUAUUCUUGUUCCUGUCCAUUACCACAAACUUUGUGAACUCAGAAAACACAAAGGACAAUUAUACAGAAGACAUAGCAUUCUUGGUUAUUGGCUCUUUCUGUUUUGUAUUUGGUGUUGUCCUAUUAAUAGGUUAUUUCCGAUACAUCAAGGACAAGGAGAGUUGCCCUUGUUUCAAUAGUAAAGCGCGACAAAUGGAAUCUCAGUCUUCUAAUGGACAAGUACUCACAUUGAAUCCAUCUACAGACCUCUUGAUGGCAUCUGCACAGUAUGUACCAACUUCAGAAGCUCCGCCCACAAUUAUCGAAGAGGAUGAAACUAGAAAAUUAAUGGGAAACGAUAACAAAGAUUGCAAUGACGAAAGGGACCACAUGUUAGUAACAAGCAACCCGCCGGUAGCGGCACUCCGCACGCAUGUACCAAGCGGAGUCUCGCCGCUUUCCGGUGAAGAUGCUUGACUUGAGGCGAAUUUCACUGAUUCUCUAUCAGGCAUCAAUGACUAUUAUCACAAUAGAUACGACAAUCCCACACCUCAUAGUCACUUCUAUUCUCCACAAACACCCGUCCACAACAAAGCACAACUACACAGCAACUGGACAGCACCACUUGCAUUACACGACGACCUGACACCAUCCAUAUGUUCAUCAGUUUAUAGUAUGGAUCAGGUAAAAUAACAAAAAUGUAACAGUUUAUCAUUUCGUAAUUUAUUUUAAAUUGCCAAACAAAUUAUAAUG